CUGGUUCAACAAAGCCGCAAACGCGGUCCCACACCCGCUACUCGCUCGCGUCGGUCGGGAAGGCGUUGGGCAUGAACAAGGACAGCAGCAAGGACACAGCGACCGACAAAUCCGCUAAGCGAUCCAAAGAAACAGCUGCAAGACGUUCUAGCGUGACCGCUCCUACUUCUUCUUCCCGGGGCAGGGCCUCGGUAGGCGAGAAAUCGGCUGCGACGAACCCCCCCACUGCGACCGCACCCACCACUCGCGCCUCGCGCAGACAAUCUGCAUUACCCACUCCUACUCUCGAAACACCAUCGGAAGACAGUGCGACUCCGACUGCUAAGGAUGCCCCGACCCCACCUAUGACUAGGGCUGCUAGUCUUCGUCCCCGAAAGGCUGGUAACCCAUCCGCGCUACCCAAGUAUCGACCGAGAUCUGUCCAUCUCGAGCAGGCUUUGAAGAAGCCACCCGCGGCUUCGCCUCAGAAAUCGUCCAGACGCAAACUCAGCAGCUCGGAGGAGUCCUGGGAGGAGCUGGAGGACGAGAAGAAGGGGAAGAAAGUGACCAAGUCGGACGACGAAUCGUCCGAGGCAAUCCCAGAUAAGGCGGCGAGGCCUAUCAGUCCACCCUCCGGUCGUGCUCCCAAGACCAGUGUCAACAUCACCCUCUCUCCCUCUCCUUCAGUCAACAAGGUCCAAAUCCCUCGCAGAGACUCACCCAAUGGUCCUCCCGUCAAAGCCACAACAAAGAAGUCGUCAACACCGACACCGCAAUCUCCUCCUUCGGGCCCUGCUCGUCCCCCAUCCUCUUCAUCGUCCUCCAGCUCCGUUCGCUCUCCGCGCUCUCCCCAGACCCCGACCGCUGCUCGCGCCGCCAAAUCCAAGGCCGUUCCAAUUGAUACGAGCGUCGGGAAGGGCAGUCCUCUGCGCCAUGCGGUCAAGGGCUCGCAUGAUUCAGGCCAUCGUCAGAAGGCCGGAUCAGCCACUCCUACCUCUAUGAGGUCUAUCUUCAACGAAGGCAACAGCCUCGAAAGUAUCGAUGCCGCCGAUGUCGAAUACAUGCUCGGUUCAGGCGCCUCUCCUACCGCACCUACCCCCGCCGUUCCCCGUAUCCGCAAGGGUCGGACCCCCGACGAGGUUCCCCAGACACCUUCUCGUCAAGGUUCCACUCUUCCCUCCCGUCAAAACAUGUCGUAUCUAUCUCCCAUGCCUCCUACCCGCGAUGACUCUCCAUCGAAGAGAUCGUUACGUCCAGCAGGCAACGAUCGUGGCUCACUCCUCUCGUGGGAUCAGCUUGUGGCGGUUGGAGAUAUGACACUAGGUGAAGGCGAAGCGGAUAGCAUGAUCGCAGACAUGGCCGCACCGUUCUCGGGCCCUUCCUCUCCCGCCCUCAGCACCAUCUCUCUCCCUGAAUGCGACAGCCCCUCCCUGAGCACGAUGCCCUCUCCCGCAGGCUACGGUUCCAUCUCCCAGAUCCUGUUACCCGAAGUCACACCCUCGCCAGCGAAACACGCCUUCGGGACGCCAGGCAGGAUCCGUGGCAACGGCAACGAGGGCGGAAUGGCUACGAUGCUUAAACUUCAGCUGGCUUCUAUGGAACAGAUCGCGAAGGAACGGCUCGGGCAGAUCCAGGCUUUGGAACAACAGCUCCAAUCCGCAAAACAAGCCCGUUUGCACGAAACGACUGAGCUCGCUCGUCAGAUGGCGUUACUAGAGGAACAAACGCGACAUGCACUUGAGGCUCGUGAUCGCGCGUCGGAGGACCAGGCUGGGAAUAUCGUUGCAUUGGAGGAACAGCUCGAUGUCGCUAUAUCUGUUCGGGAGCAGGCGGUGAAGAAUGCGGCGAAGAGGGCCGCUGAGAACGCGGAGAAGGAGAGGGAUAAGACGGCUAGAGCUGAGGCGAGGAAGAAGGAUAUGUUCUGUGCUGCGAAGGGGGCGGAGAUGGGCUGGGGGAGUGUGAAGGAUGUGGCGAUGGGGGAGGUUGAGUUCGUGAAGGCGAGCAGGGAGAUGUUGGGUGUGCUUUUGGCGGGGUUGGAGGUCAGUCGGAUGCAUAUUGUUGCUGCUCCAUUAUCGAAGUGAUAUAGUCACUUUCUCAUGUUAUUAUGCCUGUUGCCAUGCCCAUAUGCCUAUCUUAACGAUCUUCGCCCAUGUCUAAAUGCCUAUAUUGUUUUGCUCUCUCUUUCUCUCUUAUCUCUUUCUUUUCCAUUCUUCAUCUAUUCUUGUCCCCACAUUGUUAUAUCAUCACACUCGUUCGUUUUGCUUCGAUCUCUCUCUCCCACUCAUCACUUGCUCGGUACAUCAUCAUACCCACAGCUACCACAUCCACGUCCGUCGACUAGACAUCAUCGCCUGGUCUUUGUAACAUAUUGUAUAACUAUCCUAGCCAGCCAAUAGGCGGUAGCGG